AUGACCAUGUUUCGCAUAAUUUCAUUAUUAUUUCUAUUUUAUUUUCAAUUUAUAUUUUCAAAUCUUCCACCACCAGCUCAAUUAUUUUGUCCAACUUAUGGUACAUCUGCUUUUGUUCUAGUUACAAUUUCACCAAAUCUAGACAUCAAUGCUUUCGGAGCACUUCUGGAAUUUUAUGCAAAACUCAUGCCAUUUAAUAGUACAGAACAAAUUAGUUAUGAUUUUUAUUUUGGUACAAACUAUACACAGAUUAUUCGAACAAAUUCAUUGCAAAAUGAAAUAAAUGAAUGGGUUCAUGAUAAUAAUUAUUUACAAACAUUAUAUUCGAGUUCAUUGGUUGAUAAUCGAAAUAUGGAUCAGUUCCAAAAUAUUGAACUUGUUAAUAUUGCAAAAAGUGUUCUUGAUCAAAUCAGCAAAGUGAAUCAAGUUGACACAACUGUUUUUAUGAAAAAACAAGUUGUUCUUUUAACUGAUUAUGUUCCAUGGAAUAUUACUGAUGUUUUCAAUUCAAACAUAAAUGUAAGUUAUACUAAUUUAUUUUUGCAACUCAACUCUUUUUAUUUGAGGAGAACACACAAAUUCUUGGAAUAUUUCAUGAAAUCAACGAUGCAGAUUUUGAUAAAGCUGCCGAAUUUCCAGUAUUUUCAAUGGAAGAUACAGAUACCACAAAUAUUCGUAAAAUAUUCCAACAAAAUAUUAAUUUUGGUAAGAGAUGAAUUUAUUCCCAAAAUUCAGAAAUUUUGCGUUGUUUCCAGAAUUUCCUGUCAUAAUUCACGAAGAUAAACCGCAGGCUAAUAUUUUGGUGUUUAUGACAUCUGCAAAUACAACUGAUUUAAUUGAAGUUGUUGAUAAUAGUAUAAAAGGAUCAACUUGUCAACUAACAACUACAAAAAUGUAUUCAAAAUUUAUACAAAUUCAACUUGUUCAAAACGAUACAAAUUGGGAACUCAUUCUACCUUGGCUUGGCACCAAAACCAAAUUUUUCAACAAAAAUUGUUUGACUGAAGUGGAAAAUUCUAGUCCUACAAAUUGCACUGAAAUCAAAGGUCAAAUUAUUGAAAACUUUGUAACAACUCUUGAAGAUAUUUCGAAUACAACAUUUGCAUAUCUUUUUAUUGAUGAUGUUAGUUGUACAAAUGUUACAAAUUUGAAAGCAACUGUGAAGGAUACUGUAAGUUUUUUUGACAAUUGAGAUUUAAAAAAAAACCAAGGUUUUACAGAGUCAUAUUCGCCUUGUUAUGUCACAGGAUUUGAACUCGAUAUAUGAUAUUUUUACACGGCCACUCGAAUCUUUGGGGUUUUUGGAUAAAUCAAUCGAUAAUCAAGUUAUAUAUAAUAGCCAAUAUUAUUUGAACAAUCAUUCAACAUCUUGUUCUGAUGAAAUUCCAAUGAUUUCCUUAUUACCUUCUCGACCUUAUCAUAAACCAAAAUAUUUAUUUAUCGCAAUUGAUGAUUUGAUUACAAUUUGUAUUUGUGCAACUAUUUCUGUUACAACAUUUGGAAUUUUAUUGUAUUGUCAUGUUCGAAGACGAUUGAAGAAACAAGUUGAACUUCUCAAUGAAAUAUUGUUGCAGCCAAGGAUUUAUAGGUGUGUUUAGAGAAGGAAAAUACAAUAGCUAAAAACUAAGGAAUACAGUAGUACUACUGAUGUUCAAAUUUUCAACUUUCGGUAAUUCUUCAUUUUUCAGAGCUCCAAAAGAAUGUGCAAAAGUUCAAAGACUUCCGUGGGAAAUAAAAUCAGAAAACGUUCACAUUGACACAGAAUUUUUGUUAGGAGAAGGUACAAUAAGUAAUGUUUAUCUUGGAAAAUUAAAAGGGAAAGCCCCAAUAAUGCAAUGGAUUGAUCGAAUCGAAAUGAAACAAUAUCAAGAUUGUGCAGUUGCAGUUCGAGUUCCACGACAUUUUGAUGAACCUGAAGAAGAUCAAUUACAAAGAGAAAUUGCAUCAAUGAGACAACUCAGACAUCAUGAUCAUAUUGCACUUUUAUUAGGAUGGACAAAUAAAAAUGAUUUGGUUUGUAGUUUAUUGGAAUUGACACAUAUGAAUUUGAUCAAAUAUUUAUCACAAAUCAAAGAAACGUAAGUGUUUACUAUUUUCUUGAAGAUUUGUAGUCUUCAACCUAUAUUUUUCCAGAACCGAAAUAGCAUCAAAAUAUGCGCCUUUGAAUAAAAUACCAUUUCAAACACUUUACAAAAUAAUUUAUGAAACUUGUGAUGGAAUUGAAUAUAUUCAUUCAAGAAAUCUUAUUCAUAGAGAUUUAACAGCUCGAAAUAUUUUGCUCACAACUGGAUUACGCGCAAAAAUAUCAGGAUUUGGUUUUUGUUCCGAACCAGAUGAUCCAAAAUUUAUGUCGAAUUCAUUGGCUCUGAGAUAUUUACCAGUUCGUUGGUUAGCACCAGAAUGUUUCAACGGAAAAUUCAGUUUCAAAACUGAUAGUUGGGCAUUUGGUGUAUUAAUGUAUGAAAUGUUCACACUUGGAGACCAACCUUAUGAAGAUCUUUUACGACCUGAAGAAAUUAUUGAAAGUGUUCGCAAAAAUCGGAUUCCUGCUCAUCCGAAAUAUGCAUCAAAACAAACGUUCGUAUUUUUUAUUUCAUGAUUUUCAUUAUAAUUUCAAAUUAAUAUUUUCAGAUACAAAAUAAUGCAGGGAUGUUUUGAAACAUUUUCAUCUCGACGCCCAACUUUUACUCAAUUAAAAUGUGCUUUCCAAACUCAUUCAACAAAUACCUACAGUAAUCCAGCCUUCGAAGCCGAUUAA